AUGGUUCGUUCUCAUGGCGUCAAGCUUGUUGGUUGGUUGGCUCGCCGUCCUCUCUCCUUCACCGUCCUCGAAGAUUCUGCUAAUUCCUUAUACAAGAGUGCAUUAGAUGGGAGCUAUAGGAGAUUGAGUACUACUACCAGGGUUUGUAAUUCUUCUAGGUUCUUCGGCAAUUACACCCCUAAAAAUGUUAACCAGAAAAAUUGGUUGCUAUUGGGAGCUUUAAAUGCAAAACUUGGUGCUGCGAGAUCAAUUCAUGGCUCUGCUCCUAUGACGAAAGAUUUUUAUGAUGUACUUGGUGUUAGCAAGAAUGCUAGUGCAUCUGAUAUAAAGAAAGCUUAUUACGGGCUGGCAAAGAAACUCCAUCCUGAUACAAACAAAGAAGACCCUGAAGCUGAAAAGAAGUUUCAAGAAGUUUCAAAGGCCUAUGAGGUUUUGAAAGAUGAUCAAAAGCGAGAACAAUAUGAUCAGCUAGGCCAUGAUGCAUUUGAAAACCAAGAAAAUUAUCAGCCUGGUGGACCAGGAUUCGAGAGUCCAUUUGGGGACUUCUUCAGAAUGGAAGAUAAUGUUGCUGGCCAAGAUGUUAAGGUUUCCAUUGAACUUUCAUUCAUGGAAGCUGUUCAAGGAUGCACCAAAACUGUCACAUUUCAGACUGAUGUGCCUUGUGAAACUUGUGGUGGAGAAGGUGUUCCUCCUGGAGUGAAACCUCAAAUGUGUAAACGCUGCAAGGGCAGAGGCGUGAUAUCUAUGCAAAAAGGAUUUUUCAGUUUUCAGAAGACAUGUGAUCAAUGUGGUGGAACUGGGCAAUCUGUUUCGGUCUUGCCAUGGAAACAAAGUAGUGAGAGGAUCAAAGACAAUUUCAUUGAACAUUCCAACAGAACCCUGAAGAAUGAUAGCAAUGAGUACACUAGCUUCCCUGCAGAAUUGUUUGAUAAUGCAGGUGCUUAUAUCAAACCUUCUUUGAUCUUGCAUAUAGACAUUCUAUUUGGAGUGGACGACAAUGAGACUAUGAAGAUCCCUAGAAGUGGCGGAGCAGACCCAGAGAACAAUCAACCUGGUGAUCUCUUUGUUACAAUCAAGGUCCGGGAAGACCCUGUUUUCCGCAGAGAAGGCUCUAACAUUCAUGUUGAUGCUGUUUUGGGCAUUACUCAGUGCAUUUCAAGGUUCUCAUUUACAAAUUCCAUUGUUGGCUUUAAGUUAUGGGUUAUGCUUUACUUGUAUAUCUACUUGUUAAGCAAUUUUGGGGGAACCAUCCAGGUUCCAACUCUCACGGGAGAUGUUGUACUUAAGGUCCGCCCUGGCACCCAACCUGGUCAAAAGGUGGUUCUGAAGAAUAAAGUUGAUGGCACAGGGAUUAAAGGACGGGGCUCUUACUCAUUUGGUGAUCAGUUUGUGCACUUCAAUGUCAGCAUUCCAUCGACUUUGACCCCAAGACAGCGCGAAUUGAUUGAGGAGUUUGCCAAAGAAGAGCAAGGUGAAUAUGGCAAACAAGCUGCUGGAGCAUCUGGGUGA